UACCGCUGUGAGGACUGUCUGAUGGGUGCUAUGGUAUGCAGCGACUGUCUCGUACAAAAGCAUGAAACCAGUCCAUUCCAUCGCAUAAAAUACUGGAAUGGCCAAUCUUUCGAGCGUACAACUCUCAAGCGCCUGGGUUUACGAUUGCAACUGGGUCACGGGCCAGGAACCACAUGCAUUAAUCCUGUUCGCUGUUUUGAUGAUGACUUUGUCGUCAUAGACAGCCACGGGAUCCAUGAGAUUGGGCUUGAUUACUGUGGGUGUGAGACAGCCGCAUCCAAGUAUCGCCAACUUCUUCGAGCAAGACUCUUCCCCGCCACUGUCAAUAAUCCAAAAACGGCAGCAACCUUCCGUAUUCUUGAAGAGUUUCAACUCCUCUCUUUCGAGUCCAAGGCCUCAGCAUACGAAGCUUACCAUGCGCUCGCCAGAAGAUCAGAUAAUACGGGGCUUGUGCCAAUCAAGGACCGCUAUGAGCCUUUCAUGCGAAUGGUCCGCGAAUGGAGGCAUCUGAAAAUGCUCAAGCGCUCAGGCAGGGGUCAUCAUGUUGAUACACCGCUGGACGAAACACCUGAAGGCGCAUGUGCCGUCUUGUGUCCUGCCUGUCCGCAGCCGGGGAAAAACAUGCCACCCUACUGGGAGAAAGCGCCAAAGGCAAAGCGAUGGCUUCACGGCUUAUUUCUCGCAAUGGACGCCAACUUCCGCUUGAAGCGAAGGAAGGUAUCUUCAGAAGACACAGAUCCUAGUCUUGGCGAUGGAAUCACGUACAUGGUCAAGGAGAAACAUUAUAAGGAGUUUCUAUCAGUUCAUGUUGAGGAACCGCAAGACAAAAGUACAUGUGCUAGCCACAAAGCGGUCAACAUGGCAAAUACCAAGGCUGCUAGCGGGUUAGCGGCUACUGGUCUUGCUACCAUCGACUGUGCUCGUCAUGGCAUGAAGAUGCCGUGUGGAUGUGGCGAUGUUUUGAAAGGAGAAAAGUACGCAAUUAUGGACUAUCUGAAAUUCUCGAGCAUUCGAGGCAGUCUCGUGCGCAGGUUCAAUAUCUCUUACGAUGUUGCCUGUCAAUGGUGGAUAAAUCUCUGGAGUCGUGUCCCUCGCCUUCCCCCGGAUUUUCGUUUCGAUCCCUCAGAACGUGAAUUCCGGUUCCUUGUUCCGAAGUUCCACUUAGGCGCCCAUAUUCCCAAGUGCCAGAUCAACUUCUCGUUUAACUUCACUCCGGGAGUUGGGCGAACGGACGGAGAAGCUGUCGAGCGCGGCUGGGCAAAUAUCAACCCAGUGGCAUCAAGUACCAAGGAGAUGGGACCCGGAAAUCGUCGUGAUACUCUAGAUGCCUUUUUCGGCGACUGGAACUGGAAAAAGCUUGUUGGUCUAGGCCCACUCUUCAAGCGAAGGAUGAAAGAGGCCGUCAAGCAGUCCGCAGUGCAUAGUUCGAAACUGGAGGACAUGGAGGCCAAUUUCCCGAAGGAAACUAUCGCAAGCUGGACGGGCGAAGUAGAGGCUUGGGAAAGUGACCACACCAGCCCCAAUCCAUUCGAGGAGAAGGUUCAACCUCCUACUUUGCCUUCAACGCGUCUGAAAAUCGCUCGGGACGAUGCCCGAGAGCUCGCCAAAGACCCAGGCUCUGCCAUUCAUCUUGAGAUCACGCCUGGUUCGCUAGUUAACACCGGUAUUGAGCUAGACGAACUACACUUGGGGCAACACACUGAAGACACUCAACGGGCAUCACUUCAGCAACGAUUGAACGCUCUUCAGCUGAAGCUGAACCCGUGGUUUGCAGCCCAGUCUAUUUUUGUCCCUAUCGCCUCUUCUCUUCGCCUCCAGUCCGAUAACGCCGUUCUUUCCGAUGCUCGCCCCGACAUGGCCUCGCUUUAUCUUCCUUCCUCGCUUCCAAAGCCUUACUCGUAUCCACCUCGGUUCUACUCGAUCGAGUGGGACCUGCGUGUAGCGCAGGCCCAUGAUGCUCUUGCCCGACUACACUCAUCUCUUCGAUACAAGGUGUGGCUUCACAAGUACAAGGACAAGAACUUACGUGGUCAACUCCAACAUACUCGCCACAACAAGGUCAUCGAAGACAAUGAAGCGAAGAUUCAGGCCAUUUCCAGUACCUACAAAGCAGCCUAUACCGCUCUCCUAUCUCUGAAGUCUCAUUGCCGUCAAGUGAUACCUGCCGACAUUCGCCCGCUCAAGAAAGACGAUGUUGCUCCCUUGGGUAACCUCUGGAGCUUGGAGUCCGAGGGUCGGCGUACAAUCUCGUGGAUCUGGCGGGUGGGAUUUGCAGGAGAUGUUAGCGAUAGGGAGGAUGACGCACAACUUCAGGAUGAGUUACGGGUGGAGUGGUGUAAGGCUCGUGCUCGAGCUCACCGGUGGUCGGAGGAAAAAGAGCUUUUACGAGAGGAGAUGCACCGCGUCCUACGGUUCCUCGAGUGGCAAGCAACCUGGUGGGAAGAGCGUGUAGAGCAGUCUCUCGCAAACUCCAAUAGUAUAUUGGAUGCGGACUCGGAGGGUUUGGCUGCAUAUGGCUAUUGGCAAGCUGCUCUGCGUAGGUCAAUUGCAGCUAACUUUUCUUGCUUGUGGGGAUGUUGGCUAUAG